AUGGGCUCUGAACUGUCAUAUCAAUGGACCAGGAGUGCAAAGCCCAGAAAUAGACCAUCAUUUAGACAAAUUCUCAUGCACCUUGAGAUUGCCUCUGCUGAAUUACUUCGAUUCAGUCGGGAGGACUUUUCUGAAUCUCAAGAAAUUUGGAGGAAAGAGAUUUGUGAAAAUUUCCAAAAAAUGAAAGCUGAAGGUUCCAACUUACUCCAGCUGGAAGAAGAGCUUAUAAAAAGAAGAAUUAAGGAUGUCAGAGAGCAUUAUGAAAGCAAGUUGAACAAUUUGUAUAUAGAAUUAACGGCUUGUAUGCUGCAACUGGAAAAGAGGGAACGGGAGCUCAUCAAGCCAGACUCUAUGAAAAACACAGAAGGGAGCAUGACAACUAGCUCUGAGCUGGUACCACCGUCUCCUAUGAAAUUGGCAUCACUGGACACCCAAACAUCAGACAAACUUAACCCUGCAGGGCUUCAUCCUACUGACCAUGCACCCUAUUCUGGGACAUUUAAAUUUUUGGGACCUGCCACUGCAAUCGGGGAGUAUCGAAGUGAAGAUGAAGCUGAUGGCCAAGAGACAAGGUUAACUCAUAUGGAAAACAACAUGAAGAAACGUCAGGAGUGUUGUAGCAGAAACUCAUCCACUUCUGCCACCAGGCACUUGCCAAUCUCAAAACACUCACCUGUAAGUAAACACUUACCAGCAUCAAAACAGAACUCUUCAUCCUAUCAAGACAAUAACAUUAAUGAUGUCUGCUUUGGCUGUGAUGGUGGCUGCGGUGAUGCUACUUGUAGCAGAAAUGCUCAUCCCAGAGGAUACAAUACACUAGGAAAUUUAGAGUCCAACUGUUUCCAAAGUGGAAUAGAAAAAAGAAAUGAGUCACCAGAGAAGACCAAUGCUCCGAAGAAGUUUAGAAAUACAAAGCACUCUGAAGAUUCAUGCUCAGAAGAAGUAGGAGACGUUAGUGAGGAUGAUGAAUCAAGUAGCCACCCUCCCUGUUGCCAAUCUCUCUCAACUCUCAGUUCUGAAGGUGUGUUGUCUGAGGAGGACAUGACUAGCAAUCGCUCUGGUCAUCAAGAUGGCAGUGGCGAUAAUGGCUUGUUGUCUACGGGUAGUGCAGAAAAUUUACAAGCAGAGUUGACAAAGUUUACAAAUAUACCUGAUGGGUUGUCAUAG